AUGCGCGGCCUCAACCAGCUCUUUCUCGUCCUUUCGACUAUUGCUGCUGUCGAAGCUUCGGGUAGUACCAAUUGUCGCCACCGACGACCCAGGAAUGUCAAUUCGGAAGACACCUCAACAACAGUAGAAAUAGAGAAUACAGGACAAUCGCAAACCAUUAUCUCGACCGUCCUUACUGUCCCGACUGAGAUACCUCAAGUAACUGAGCCCGCCAUUAAUGCCGGGGCUGUCCAGCCUCGAGAGCAAGAAACAUCAGGAUACAACACAGCUUCAUUGUCGACAUCGCAGCAAACAAAGAGUACUACAGCGGCUCUCAAAGAGCCUACCAAGAAGUUCUGCGGCAAACCUAACGAAUCCGAAGUCCUGUUUGGAACGCCCUGGAUUGUAUUCUCCAUGAACUACAACUACCAGUCCAUCAAAGGCUCUUCCUGCGUCGGCUACUAUGACUACGAAGGGUCUGGCGACAAUCAGACCAUUCACUGGAGCGUCCUAUGGGACAUUGAUCCCAAUGUCGGCACGAAUCUCGUCAAGGGCUACAACUUUAUCGGUCUUACGCAGGGUCUCGAAACAAAGCUCAGUGACAUCAAGAGCAUUCCUUCAAAGUAUGAGUGGACCACUAGCAAGACUGCUGAUUAUAAAGGGAAUGUUGUGUAUGACUUUAUGACCUGCGAUACAAAGGGAGACUCAACCUCCAGCAACGCGCAGGAGCUCAUGCUCUGGCUAAACUGGGAAGGUGGUCAGGUCCCCAUUGGAUGGGGUGAGGGACCUAGCGCUACGAUUGAUGGACUCUUUGGCAAAGACGGCUGGAAGUUGUACCAAGGUGUCAAUGCUGAUACUGGUAUUACAGUCACCUCGCUCCUGUGCCCCGAAGAUAGUCAGUUUGGUAACGAAGAGGGCGGUAGUUUUGAGGGUGAUAUUAAAGACUGGCUUGUAGCGCUGUCCAAAAAGGGCGUGUUCAAGUCAGACACCUAUGUGAAUGUAGGAAAUGCUGGCAUGGAGCCUUACUACGGCACUGUCGACUUUGACAACUAUCUGAGCCUUCGGAUCAAUGUCUAG